AUGGUGUCCCCACGAACGAACCUCGGUCCUCUGACGACCAAGUUCACAUACCCAGCCAAGUGCAGUGCGACAGCCCUCGGCUGUACCGACUGCGAUUAUGGAUGGCAGGCGCAGUCGUGCGGAACGCUCAACAAGGCAAACACACAGGGUCUUCAGGAUGACACCGACUGCUGGCCGCCGAGAGAGACGUCGAGGACGGCUCCAUAUGCCCUCAACGGAUGGGGCUACUACUCCCCCGGCCUCGAGUGCCCCGAUGGUUACGAACCCGCCUGCAGUGCGACCGGAUCGAUGACGGGCGACUUCAACUUCCAAUUCUCCGUCCUCGACCACGAGACCGUCAUUGGAUGUUGCCCGAGUGGCUACACUUGCGACCAACCCGGCGGACCGCAAACGUGCAAGAGUGUGGCAUCGAGAGGCUCAAUCCAAGUCGUGUCGUGCUCCGAUGGCGACUCCAUUCUCAACUGGCUCACACUACCCGAGACCUUUACACAGACGAACAGCGAUGGAGACGAGAGCCUGUCGACGAUGGACGGCGUCACAAUCAAAGCCCCCAUGUUCCAGCUCAACUACCAAUCCUCAGACCUUCCCUCCUCGACCGGUACAUCAAGCGAGACCACGGGCAGCACCCGCGAAACGAUGGCUUCAAAUACAUCCGACGCUGAUACCGCCCCCUCGUCAGGUCUAUCAACGGGAGCCCAGGCAGGCAUCGGCGUAGGCGUGGGUGUCGCUGGUCUCCUCCUCAUCGGAGCAGGUCUAUUCUUUUGGCGAAGGAAGCGAAACACGCGGGCACCUGUUCCCACAACAGAGCCAAAGUCGGAGGCACCAGGCAACUACAUCUCGGAAGUGGACGGUAGCACACCACCGAGGUACCCUCCGGCGGAGCUCGAGGCGGCUACUCCUGAGCUAGAGGGUUCACACACGCCGUCGCACACGGUGAGGAGCUAG